AUGUGGCCGCCCAGGGGAAUGUCCCACGUUCGGGGUGACGGCCCCGGUGUCUCCUCUAGCCCAAACCAGCAGCCUGAACUAGAGACUUUUCUUGAUUGUCUUGAUAUCGAUGCAUUAAGGAGUUGCUCGCGGCAGAACGAUGACCGGGAUGCUCCCGUACCGCCAGAACUUCGCAUUCCCGGAAAACAUUUCGAGACUGGGCCAAAGCUUCAGCAUCGAAUACGACCGCAGCUCACGGUAACGUCACCUUUGGCUUUGGCCGGGGAGGAAGAUUUUGGUCAGGAUGAACUAGCCGGCCCGGCACCGGCAGCAGCACAUCCAUCAGUCAGCCGACACUACCUCUCCCUGGCAAAACAGCUUUCGGCAUACGAUAGGUCAACUUGCGAAGGCUUAGCCUGGAAUCAAAAAUAUGCGCCGGUGUCAUCAGGUGAAGUGAUGCAAAAACGCAGCGACGUGCUCCAUAUCAAGGAUUGGCUGGAGGCGAUGAAAGUCCAGUCAGUCGGGACUGGCUGCGGAGACGGGGCUGGCGACAGAGGCAGGUCAAGUUCCGAUGAGGUGCCGAAGAGAAAGAAGAGAAAGAAGAGCAAAUUGGACGACUUUAUAGUCGAUACGGACGAUGAAGGCAGCGAGUUUGAGGACGUGUCUGGAGAGGAUGGAGAGGAUGCUGAUUUCUGGCAAUCGAGGAAAUCCGUGGUCCGAUCAGGCAGUGCCCGAUUUAAAGAGCCAGCUCGACUGAGGAACACCAUCGUCAUCAGUGGACCACAUGGGUGCGGUAAAACCGCCACCGUGUACGCAGUGGCCAGGGAGCUGGGUUUCGAAAUCUUUGAAAUCAACUCGAGCAGUCGGCGAAGCGGCAAGGACGUUGUCGAAAAAGUGGGCGACAUGACGCGAAAUCAUCUCGUGCAACAGCACCGAGCCCGGCAGUUGCACGGUGAUGGGGAAACGAACAAGCCAAAGGGCAAGGAGCCAACGUCUGGAAAACAAGGAUUCAUGACUGCGUUCCUGAAGAACAACGCAGCGACCAAGCGCACAAAGCCAGCUCGUCAGCUGAAGAAAACAACAACAUCACCACCACCACCACCACCCAAGGCGCAAAAGCAGUCGCUCAUUCUCAUUGAAGAAGCAGACAUUCUGUACGAAGAGGACAAGCAAUUCUGGGCGACACUCAUGGGGAUGAUGAACCAGUCCAGGCGCCCCUUUAUCAUCACAUGCAACGACGAGAGUCUGAUCCCGCUUCAGAGCCUGCACCUUCACGGCAUCUUCCGCUUUUUGGAAGCCCCGUUGCCGUCAGCGGUGGACCUUUGCCUGCUCGUGGCCGCCAACGAAGGCCACGUCUUGCAGAGACGCGCCGUCGAGUCUCUGUACCGAUCCCGGCACCACGAUCUGAGAGCCACCAUUUCCGAGCUCAACUUUUGGUGUCAGAUCGGCGUGGGAGACCGAAGAGGCGGCUUCGACUGGUUCUACUCGCGGUGGCCGCGGGGGUGCGACGUCGACGAGCGAGGCGACGUUGUCAGAGUCGUCAGCGAAGACACGUACCAGCGCGGUAUGGGAUGGACCGGCCGGGAUGCCGUCAUGGCGGAAAGCAACCGUCACGACCGAGAGGUCGAAGCCCUGCAGCAGGCCUGGAAUUUCUGGCAAGUCGACAUGGGCGACUGGUCUCGGUCCGACGGAAUGGCUUCGCUCGCCCAAGACUUGGAGACUACCGCCAGCACGUGCGACGCACGCCUCGCGGCGCUGGGAGCCCUCGACAAGUUUUACCGGACGCAGAGCGACGCGGACCUCUGCGCCGGCGGCAGCUUGGCGACGCAGCUGCAGGAGCAGACGGACCCGACCCUUCCCGACCUCGCCCUCGGGGCAAGGGACGACUUCAUAGUCGGGCGGACUCUGCUGAACGCAGACGAGCCAUGCCGCCACGGCAGCUGCGGCAACGCCGUCUCGGCGGCAAUCAAGUCGCACGCCCGGGCGCAGCUGCACGACGACCUGCAGUCCUGGCUGCCCUCGGCGCCAGACGACGGGCGAGCAGCGGUCUUGGGCCCCGUGGACGAGCCAGCAGCCGUGCACGAGCUCGACGCCUCGUUUGGCAGCUCGGCCAAGCGGGUGACGAGAACGGACGUGGCGCACGCGUUUGAUGCCAUCGCCGCGGCGCCCAAGGCCCAGCCGACGUCGCACCUAGACCCGUCGGUCUUUGACCGCACGAUGCAGCUGAUUGUCGUCGACGUGGCGCCCUGGGUCCGCAGCAUCGUCGCCUUUGAGCAGCACCUCAUGCAGCAGCGACUCAGGCGGAGCGGCAGCCUCCUCGGCCAAGGGAUCCAGGGGGCCGAGGCGGAGGCCGCCGCCGCCGCAGCAGCAGCACGGAAGCGCAUGCGCAGCACGAGGAGCGCGUACUCGGCUCUGGAGGGCAGCGAGCGCAGGAGCACUCGCCGGGAGCGGUAUUUCGGGGACGCCCUGACGACGGGGCUGGUGAUGCGGACCGGCGGUGAUUCCUGGCAGGAUGCAGCGGCCGCGGAAGCGGCCCAUGCAGAGCGAGCCGCAGAGACGGGACGGGACCUUAAGGGAACAAUGGACCGAUGCGAGACGUUUUAG